AUACGAGCUACGUGUUUGGUACCAGAAGAGACGGCAUGUAAAUUAGUGCGGCAUCACAUGAGAGCGUUCCGCCACAAUCCGUGUUAGAUCGGUAAUUGUGCGCACAUUUGUCCCGAUGACGACUUACUGGAAGGCGAAGAACACCCUCUGGACGAUUUGCCAAGUCAUGCUGACACGUCCUAUGCGUUCAUUCUUCACAAGCUGAAAUCACUUCUUGGGGUCGUCAUUCACGUUAAGAUGAAUGUGACUCGCAGCUCAAGAUCGCCUCACACAGCAAUCCAUCUCGACUUGUAUCGAAGGCUGAGAAGAACUGAGAAAAAUAUCGGCUUCGAGACCGUUCAACUCCUUGCAAGACCUCUCAGCACAACCCUAUGGACGGAUUCUGCCCAGGGGUAAAAUCGAGCCGAAGAAUCCCAGCAAUGUACACUGUUCGUUACAUCCACAGUCAUCGCCAGCCUGCGCGGCCCGAGCACUACAGCUCUCGCAAAGGCGACUCGCAAGGACCAAGACGAAUCGCGAGCCAUGAAAAGGACACUGUCCAGAGCUCGAGGGACGUUAGACCAAGCCUGUCACAGCAGCAAAGCUCACCGCGACCAACUAAAGAUCAUCGAACCAAAGCAGAUUCUCACAAGGAGUCUAAACAAGUGGUGGACUCCCGGAGAACAAUCUCGCAGCGUUCGAAGAAUGAUACAUCAUCAUCAAGUCACAGACGCUGGCCAGAAUUGAAGCGUGAAACAACAUCAACACGCGGAGUGGCUGCAGUAAUGCCUGAGUAUGGCCUAGGAAAGAAUGAGCUUCGCUACCCAACGCAUGCACAGCCCAGCUCCUUCGAUAGACGACCACCGAAGACGGUGGAGAAGCAUCGUCGAACAGUGCGGCAUGUGCACUUCGAAUAGCUGUCAUGUGCAUUCUGGCGUGUGACAUACAUUAUGAUCGCUGUGUGUGGUAGCUAUUAGAUAUAAGCCUGCAACCGUGGUGCUGAGAUCCAGUGCCAUCUCGAUAACCCCGUUUUCGUCCUCAUAUU